CUAUUCACCCCUUGGCGUUCUACUGUAGAAACAAUUAUACUCGCGCGUUAAAGUGUGAAAUCCAGAAAUGAUGAACAUCUUGAAUCCGAUCACCAUAGCAUCACAUACCCGUCAGCCACUUAAACAGUUCGCAUCAGAUACCUUUCAUCAAUUCAAGGGUAUCAAGGCAUCGAAAACGGGUCUCUGGAAAGACCUCUAUCUCAUUCCAGCAGAUAACAGCACUUUUCAAUUUAACAAUCUCACCUCGAGAUUAUCGACCAACCCAGAAUAUAAUCACGAUGGCAAUCUUUAACAGAAAAGGAAAGAAUGCCAACAGAAGUGAUGAUGGUGGAAGCAGUGGAGGAGCAGAAAAGAAGGCAUUCACUCAAAGAAAGCCGGCAAAUACAGCUUUCAAACAACAACGUCUUAAAGCCUGGCAACCAAUUCUAACGCCAAAGACUGUUUUGCCAACGUUCUUUUUGAUCGGAUUGAUCUUUGCACCUAUCGGAGCGGUACUAUACUAUUAUGCAUCACAGGUAUCCGAAUUCACUCUGGACUACACAGACUGCUACAAACAAUCCGACUCGAUCACAGAAAUGCCUUCAGACAAGUACAAUUUCAACAUCGUCGGAAAUGCAGAUCCAUUCCCAUUCUCAGCACCAGCUUGGCAUACCGUCGCAAACACAUCGGCACCAACUGGCAAAGCAUGCGAAAUCUUUUUCACACUCACAAACACUCUGCAGCCAACAGUGCUACUCUAUUACAAAUUAACAAAUUACUACCAAAACCACAGAAGAUACGUCAAGAGUAUCGAUAUGAACCAAUUGAUCGGUAAGAAUGUAUCUGCAAGCUCUCUACAGGGCGGGAACUGCAAACCUCUCGGUGAAAUUGACGGAAAGGGUAUCUACCCAUGUGGAUUGAUCGCCAACAGUAUGUUCAAUGAUACAAUCUUUGACCCAGUUCUUCUCAAUGCGCCCACCACAACCAAACGUCAAGAAUCCGGAGCAACAAAACAAUACGUCAUGUCGGAAAAGAACAUUAUUUGGCCAGGCGAAAAGAAGAAAUACCUCAAAACAAGUCAAGAUCCAAACGAACUUGCACCGCCGCCAUAUUGGAGAGGAAGUUUCCCGACCGGCGUUAUUGCACCUUAUUCUUAUCCUAACGGAUACAGUACAAAUCAAAUUUACGAUCCUUCUGACGAUGAGCACUUUAUGGUUUGGAUGAGCGUUGCUGGAUUGCCAACGUUCAGAAAGCUAUACAAGAGAAACGAUAAUGAUGCGUUACAAUCAGGACGUUAUUCGAUUAUGAUCUUUGAUAAUUAUCCGGUCGAUAUGUUCCAUGGAACGAAAUCGAUUGUGAUUUCAACGGUUACUUGGGUUGGAGGUAGAUCAGUCUUUUUAGGUGCCGCUUUCAUUGCUACUGCAGCUUUGUGCGUCCUUUUGGGUCUCAUCUUUACCGCAAGACAUUUGAUCCGACCACGCAAAUUGGGAGAUUUGAGUAUGCUAAGUUGGAAUGAAUAAUAAUGAUGACAAAGUUUCCCAAAGCACACUCUCAUUCCAGACCCCGCAUCAUAUCCCUUCCCAUCUUUUGUAUGUACACAACUUUAUUUUCUCUCUCUCAUGACUUUUAAUCAAUUCUGCACUGCUGGUAUGUAUGGCUUGG